AUGAACAGUCCAAGUAUAACCAGGCCCCUAGUACCCGGCAGCCCCGCUAGUCCUGGCUACGGUAGCAGUCAUGGUAACGGCGGGGCAGGGGGUGCUAAGAAUCACCGGAUGAGAUCCGGCUACCACUCCCGACGACCCCUGGCCCUGGUAACAUAUAAUGCACGCACAUUAAGGACGGACGAAAAGAUAAUUGAAUUGGAAGUAGAAUUGAGUAAAUUACGCUGGGAUGUUAUAGGUUUAUCUGAAGUCCGAAGACAGGGGGAGGACACGAUAACCUUGACAUCCGGUAAUUUAUUCUUCUUCCGGGAGGGCGACCAACAGUCCCAAGGAGGAAUUGGGUUUAUCGUGCACAAAUCUCUCAUUAACAACAUUGUAAGCAUCAAGAGUGUGUCGAGCAGGGUAGCGUACCUGAUACUCAGAAUAUCUAAAAGGUAUUCCAUGAAGGUCAUACAGGUUUACGCACCGACCUCCACACAUCCCGAUGAAGAAGUGGAAGCAAUGUAUGAGGACAUUAGUAGAGCCAUACAUUCUUCAAAAACACACUUCAAUGUUGUUAUGGGAGAUUUCAACGCCAAGUUAGGCGAGCGAGGCGAUGGAAUGGCAGUCGUCACUACUACUGAACCGACUGCUGUAGGCUCCACGCAGGGCACGUUCGCAACAGCUACUACACCGGCCAUGAUGGCCGCUGAAGGCAGCGAUCCAGACCCGAAGUCACAGGCUGCAACAGUAGGAUGGACUGCCAAUGUUGACAGCAAAGCGACUGCGAUAAACUGGAAACAGAAAACGGUUAAAUAA